CGCAGCUGCGCAGUGGCCAUGUCGGGGCCUGAGUCCGGGCCGCAGGAAAGAUGGCGGAGUACGUGCAGAUCAUGAAGAGGGCGCUGCAGCAACUCGGUGGUCACGGUGGCUUGCGGGGCGCUAUGUGGCAGUUGUUAAGGGUAAAUGAUCUGAAGACUGGCACGCUUAUAGGCAUUGAUAAAUAUGGUAACAAGUACUAUGAAGAUAACAGAUACUUUUUUGGUCGUCAUAGAUGGGUUAUAUAUGCAGAGGAGAUGAACGGCAAGAACAAAUUUUGGACACUGGAUGCAAGCAUGUUGCCACCUGAAUGGCAUCGCUGGCUUCACUGUAUGACAGACGACCCCCCAACUACACAUCCACCAGUUCCUCGUAAAUUUAUUUGGGAGAAUCAUAAAUUCAAUCUAAGUGGUACUCCUGAACAAUAUGUACCAUAUUCUACCACCCGUAAGAAGAUACAUGAAUGGGUUCCACCUUCGACACCCAGCAAGUGAAAGGAAAGAGGCAUGGUGAUUUGUAAAGAAUUAUACCUACAAUUUCACUUGGGUUUUUUCUGUAUUUAAAAUAAAGCCUUUGAUCAGAAAUAUUGAUGAAAAAGACCCAGUGGGUAGUAGAUGACCAGAAACAGAAUAAACAGUAAGCUGUUGGAUAGUAAA